AGUGCUGCCCCCACGCCUGCCCAGCUCAGGUUCUCCGGUCACAGCAGCUCAGUCCUCCAAAGCUGCUGGACCCCGGGAGAGCUGACCACCGCCUGAGCACCUGUCUGAAGCCACGUCCACAAUGCCGCUCUCAGGGACCCCUGCCCCCAACAAGAAGAGGAAAUCCAGCAAGCUGAUCAUGGAACUCACGGGAGGGGGACAGGAGGGCUCAGGCCUGAACCUGGGGAAGAAGAUCAGUGUCCCACGGGAUGUGAUGUUGGAGGAACUGUCCCUGCUCACCAACCGGGGCUCCAAGAUGUUCAAACUGCGGCAGAUGCGAGUGGAGAAAUUCAUCUACGAGAACCAUCCUGACGUGUUUUCUGACAGCUCAAUGGAUCAUUUCCAGAAGUUCCUUCCCACAGUGGGAGGCCAGCUGGGCUCAGCUGGGCAGGGAGUCUCCUACGGCAAGGGCGGUGGUGGAGGCCAGGCGGGGGGCAGUGGCUCCGCUGGACAGUAUGGUUCUGACCAUCAGCACCAUCAAGGCUCUGGGUCUGGAGCUGGGGGGGCAGCUGGUGCUGGAGGCCAUGCCGGCAGGGGAGGAGCUGCUGGUGCAGGAGGGGCUGGCGAGGUGGGAUCAGGAGACCAGACAGGUGGAGAUGGAAAACAUAUCACUGUGUUCAAGACUUACAUUUCCCCAUGGGAUCGAGCCAUGGGGGUUGACCCCCAGCAAAAAGUGGAACUUGGCAUUGACCUGCUGGCCUAUGGAGCCAAAGCUGAACUCCCCAAAUAUAAAUCAUUCAACAGGACGGCGAUGCCAUAUGGUGGUUAUGAGAAGGCCUCCAAACGCAUGACCUUCCAGAUGCCCAAGUUUGACCUGGGGCCCCUGCUGAGUGAACCUCUGGUCCUAUACAACCAGAGCCUGUCCAACAGGCCUUCAUUCAAUAGAACCCCUAUUCCCUGGCUGAGUUCGGGCGAGCAUGCAGACUACAACGUGGAUAUCAACAUCCCCUUGGAUGGAGAAACGGAGGAGCUGUGAUCUGCUUCCUUCUCUCAUUUGCAUCAAGUUUCUCCUCUCUAGUUCCAGUUUGGAGAGGGAAUGCUGAGCAGGAUACUCCCACUGUUAAUCCAGUAUCCUUAUGGAAAUGGAGGGAAGAAAAGGGGGAAAAGAUCUGUUUUUCCAUCCUUCACUCUAACCCCCAGUCCAAGCAUCCUUGCUCACCAACUCAGAGCUCCCCUUGCACCACUGGGAAUCUGUUCUUUUAUGGAAUUUGCUCUGCCAACAGUAACAAUAAACUUCAAGGAAA